AUGCUUGAGAGGACCACGGUUUCUGACACCUGUGAAGUGGAUUACAACCUAGACGGUGGUGUAGAGUUUCGAGUUGGACAUAGGUUCAGAAGCCGAGAGGCGGUGCUUCAAGGUGUGAAGAACCAUAGUAUUCGCAACAGUGCUGAGUACCGGGUGAUCGAGUUUGACCAAUUAAAGGAGGUUCGGAGGUUUGGUGGACCACACAGCUGUCUAGCACCCACCAUGUCUCAAGACCAUCAUCAGUUAGAUAGCAGUCUCAUCUGUAGGGUCAUAUUGCCCUUGAUUCAGUCCAACCUCUCUGUCAGUAUCGCGGUCUUACAAGGUGCGGUCCAGGCAAGCUAUCACUUCAGACCCUCAUAUAGAAAGGUGUGGAUGGCAAAGCAGAAGGUAAUUACACGGAUAUACGAUUAUUGGGAAGAGUCGUACAACAAGGUGUUGAAACUGCUUCAGGCACUGCAGAGCUGUUUCCCCGGCACCAUAUAUGACCUACGCGUCAAACCGUACUAUGAUGGACACCUCAUGGUGCGCGACUACAGCAUGUUUGACAAAGUAUUUUGGACUUUUCCGUCAUGUGUCGAGGCCUUCAAGCAUUGCAAGCUGUUUGUAUCCGUAGACGGUGCGCAUCUGUAUGGCGGCAAGUACGGUGGAGUGUUGCUUAUUGCGGUGGUGCAAGACGGAAACAGCAACAUACUGCCAAUUACUUUUGCCAUUGCUGAGUUUGAGAGCACCGAGUCAUGGUCAUUCUUCCUUACUAAUUUGAGGCGCCACGUCAUCCCACAAGAUGACUUGCUGGUUAUAUCCGACAGAUCUCAGGCCAUCAAGGCCGCCUUAAGCUCCGAUGAUAGUGGUUGGCAUCCCCCUAGGGCGUUCCAGGCUUACUGUAUUAGACACAUGGCUGCGAAUUUCAUGAGUCGGUUCAAGUCAACCGACACAUCGCAGGAGAGCAUAUAUGGUUCGUUAAGUAACAUACCAAAAUAUUUAACUUAA